AUGAACGCCGGUACAAUUAAACGGUCCGUGUUGGAGCUGGUUGAGCGAUCGCAACCGUACAUUGAUGAAGCGAAUCAGCAGCUACAGAAGUCAAAGAUACAUUGUGCCUCAGCGUUCAAAAGUGCUCAAAGGGACAUCCAAAGACUGUCCCAGCAGCCAUACUUCAGGGAGACCAGUUAUGCAUUGCUCCUCUUCGUCUUUGCCAUCCUCGCAGUGUCCAAAUAUUUACCACGCCGACACCAGCGUGCGCUCUCAGAACGACCAUCCACUCCAACUGUCGAAAAGGCACCUUACGUCAAACGAGACGCUAUAAGCAGGGAACCAGGAACAUGGCCACCAUCGUCCUUUCGACGACCCACACCGCCGCCCUAUCCAGACUGGUCGAUCGAAAGUACGAAGCCACUCCCAUACCGACCGUUUCGGUACAAGUAUUUCCAGACCAUGGGCCUUCGCAGCGUGAAAUACGACGACUGGAUCGAACUCGACAACCACUAUCCACGAUUCCACGCGGACAAAUCACGACGAAUCAUCGAGCGCGGCCCCAAAUGCUGCAGGACAUCACCAGAAGCAUACCCCGCCGCAGUCGAACUCCUCGAGGAACUGAGCGAAUACCUCUGCGACCGUUAUCCAACACUCUACCAACGCACCGACAAAGGCGUCAAAAACCUCUGGUCCGGCGAAGAACUCGAUACGACCUCGCGGCCCCUCCCGGAAGACCCGAUGCAGACAUGCGCGCGCCUGACGCAAGACGACCUCGCCAUCAUGAUCGAAAAGCCCGACGGGCAAUACUACCUCCUUGCGGGCGCGAUCCUCCUCGCCGGGUUCUGGCGCCUGGAGGACAAAAUCGGGAUGCCGCUCUCGGAAAUCCACACGUCGGGUGACGUGCCGCAGUUCCGCGAAAAGCUCGAAAAGGGCAUGAUGAACUUCUUCCGGCGCCUGAAGCCCGAAGAGCUCGUCGCGCGCAACAACUACUUCCUGCAGGUUGACGAAGACCUGGCGUGGAGCCACAGCAUCGGCAGCGAGGACUCGGACGGCAUUUCCUGGAACACGGCGGAGCAGGACCGCGCCAUCGAGCACCAUUAUUUCCGGUCUGAGAGGCAGACGCUGCGCAGGCUGCCGAAGAGCGGAGGUGUGGUGUUUACGAUACGGACGUAUUUCCAUCCCGUGACGGACAUCGCGGAGGAGGAUUACGUUCCGGGACGGCUGGCCAGUGCCGUGAGGAGUUGGGGCGACGAUGUCAGUCGCUAUAAGGGCAAGGAGAAGUAUCAGAAUGUGCUGUUGGCUUAUCUCGAUAAGAAGCACCAGGAGCAGUUGGAUCGUGGGUUGAAGGUCGAGAUGGAGGAGGAGGUUAGGACUUAUCCUUGGUAG